AUGGCGCAGGUUCUUAACAACAUUGAGACCAACCGCCCGAGGAAUGAACAACUUCUGGAGCGUGUAGCUCAAAACACAGAGCGUCGUCCCGACAACUGUGUCACACUUGGGGACUUCAUCCGUGCACUACCUCCUGUCUUCACCCACCCCAAGGAGCCUCUUGAUGCUGAUGAUUGGCUUCGCACCAUCGAACGCAAGUUCAACGCUCUUCAUGUUCCACCAGGUGAACGCGUGAACUUCGCCACCUACCAGUUAGAAGGUGCUGCUGGUUCUUGGUGGGAAGGCCAACGCCAAUCUAGCGAUUCGGAUUCCGUCGUUCUAGAGAUGGAUCCAUUGGUCAAUGAACUCAAAAGAAAACUAGACUCCCUGAAAUCCUCCAUGGCGCAGCUAGAAGAAGACAACCCUCCUCGCAUCAUGGUCGCCAAGGUCGGCCACCUCACGCGCAACGUCCGCAACGGCGAGUAUGAUCCCGAUCACGUCUCCAUCGGCCCGUACAACUACCAUUGGCAACUCCCGACGCAACAGGACAAGCUGCGAAGCCUGGCCGUCGUGCUCUCGGCGGCGGAAGAACCCAGCAUGACGGUGGAGGUCUACCUCAAGGAGCUGGCGUGCCUCGAGGACAAGGCGCGGAGUUAUUACGCCAACACAUUCGAUGGCAUUACGAAACACCAAUUCGUCCACAUGCUCCUGCUCGAUGGCUGCUACAUACUCUCCCGCUUCUCGAGCUUCCCAGCAAAACACACUGCGCACGUUGCGGGGGCUGCCCGCUCUUCAGCGUUCGCCGCCUCCCUUGAAGAUUUGGCAGUGGUCCGCGACGUCUUCUUCCUCGCGGAGAACCAGAUACCGUUCUUCGUCCUCGAGAAGAUCGGCGAGCUGACAGUGUCAGACGGCAAGGCUCGCGUGGGUAGAUGUAUCGCGGAUCAUGCCCUUGAACUAAUGAAGGCACAAAGGUACGCAGUGGCAGCGCCGGCCAUGGUGCCUCCCGAGCUGACGGCCCCAGAGAAUCUUCUCCAUCUUCUGCAUAUGCAUUUGAAGCCACAGGAAACGGAUGCCCUAUUGCCAGGCCGAGGCACCACAGGGACAGGAAACGGCGCCGCCGAUAAAACCGUGUCUUCGGUGGGCCGGUGGCGCACGGCGACGGAGUACAGCUACGCCGGCGUGGAGUUCAGGAGCCAAGAGAUGAGCCAAAAGGGGGACGUGCGCUGCAUCCUGGACGUGAAGCUGGACAGCGGCGGCGGCACGCUGGUGGUGCCCCGCCUGGACAUCGACAACGAGACGUGGCGGCUGCUGCGCAACCUGAUGGAGCUGGAGCAGCGGAACCGGGAGGCGGUGGGGAGCCACGUCACGGCCUACUGCAUCUUCAUGUCCCAGCUGGCGAGUGACAGGAAAGACGUGGAGAUGCUGUCUAAGAGGGGGGUCAUCGUGCACGCCCACGGCAACGACGGCGAGGUGGCCCAACACUUCGCCGACCUCUGCAAGGGGAUCACGUUCGACAAAAGCGAUCCGAAUAUCAACUACUUGUGGGACACACGCCAGAAGCUGGACAAGCGGUCCCGGAGCUACCGCCGGAGGUGGAUGGCGUGGCUAAGGCGCAAGUACUUCAGCAACCCCUGGCUCGCCGUUGGGCUCCUGGCAGCUGCCAUCGGCCUAGUUUGCGAACUUGUCCAAGCAGUCUACUCUGCUUUGAGUUACAAACAAGCUUAG